UACUCCAAUAGAGCCGCAGUAUCGCUUUCACAUUUCGAGAGUACAGUACGGAAAUUAAAGUGUCCUGAUCGUGUCUUGUCCACCGAGGGCGGCUUUAUAAAAUCUCAUACAUAUAUAUCUAUAUAUACAUACAUCUACACGUCCAUCUAUAAACACAAUUUUCUUUUUGUUCUAAAAUAAAUUAACUUUUGUGACAUCGUGUGAUUAAAAUAUAAACAAAUAGUAGUGCAAUAAUAUAAAUAAUUAGCAAUGUCGAUUAUUUUGGUUGCCAUGGCAACGUUAAUUUGACACGGACGAAAAAACAAUAUCCUGUUGCAGACAGAGAAGAGAAUUCUCCCGAGGACGCUACAAAGCGCGUCCGGGACCUUUCGACCUCUUCCUUUUUUUAAUUUUACUCCUUCAAUUUUUUUUUUUUUUUUUUUUUUUAUAAUUAACAAUUACGUUAAUUUUCUUGUCUUUCUAGUCGAUAAAUUAAAAUUUAAAUUUAAAAAAAUUUAAGUGUCAGUUUAAAAAACGUCAAGUUUUGAUCCUCGUAGGAUUUAAAUUUUUAAAGGCUCAGGAUAAAAUGUCAUGGGAUCCAAAUGUGUCGAUAUUGUAAAUUUAAAUUAAAAUGGAUUUUUAAAAAUGUGUUGAUAAAUAUAUAAAUAAAUAAAUAAACGUGUAGAUAAAUAAUCAAAUUAUAUGUAAAUAUAAAAGUUUUGUAAAGUGAAUUUGUUUAAAAAAAUAAGUUUUUUGUUGGAACGACGAAGUGGAUUUUCGUUCAUGGCCAGAUGACAAUCAGCUGUUGAUUACUAUUGUAGAUACCAAUGUUUGAUAAUCAGGAAGACUUGUGGAACUUGGUGGGAUGCACUCCGUCCAAUCUUAUGAUAAUUAAAGGAUACGAUGCUAUCGUAUGCACUGCCUGCGGGGGGCAAGACUCCACCAGGAGAAUUAACACAAGGUUUCAAUCGUCUGACAAGAGUUCAACAGAAUCAUGGCGAGCAGAUGAUGCGGAACGGAUUGGCGACAGUUGGGGCACCGAACCGAGUAGCCGAUGGCAAUAAAACAGCAUCAAAUAAUAGUAGCGUUAAGACGAUACCGACGACUACGACUACAACUACGGGAACUACGAUAUCUACAUCAUCAACGACAAUGAUCACAACAACAUUACCCUCAAUGAGGAUUGAGGAUGAAACAAUGCGAGAUAAUGGUCGAUGUCAUCAAACAGAAAUUACAAAUGACAUCAGUCCAAAGCAUAAUGGAAAUGGUACAACAACAACGACGACGAGAAAGUCAACGCUUCAUACUUCCAGAGUUACCAAAGACGAUAGUCUUCAUAGUAUUAAUAGUGAAGCUAGUACUGUUGGAAGUGACCGGAAAUCCAAGAUUGCUAAUGGCGGCAAGCACGCAAGUCUCAAAAGGGUGUCUUUUGGAUCGAGUAAAGGCUCAAUGGUCGAAACGUUAGUUUACGAAACUCCAGUCCAAGAAGAGCCUGAGAUGAAUAAUUUUCUUGAACAUAACGGCCGAGUUCCGAUUGCUCCAUUUCCUGAUACAGAUGAAGGCAGAGAAAAAGUUCGGGUCGCGUUUCUGGGACCUCAACCUCAUCCUGCAACGCCUGGUGUCCUUCUGCUCGAACCCUUGAUACCUACAACAGGUCAUUUUUCUGAAAUAAUGUCCUCCGGUACUGCAGAACUUCUUACCACUCAUACAGAGCAUACAUCUCCAGCGUACCAUGCUCAAAUCAGUACGGAUAGUGGAUGGGACAAUCCAUUUAGGCCAGACGGAGAUUUAUCCCGAGAAGCAGACGAGAUAGUAGAACUGAUAAAAGGCGGAAAACCUAUAACUCCAACACCAGGUCAAACUGCACCCCCAUUACCAGGAUGUGAUGGUAAAGCAAUUGAUGAGCAUGAUUCAAGUACCAGUCCAUUGCUGAACACAUCAACAACCGAACGGACGAAUCAGGGGAAUGGGAACCUCCAUGGGAACGUGAAUUCCAACGUCAAUAAGCAGCCCGUUAGCGAGAAGGUCGGUUCAACAACGAGCACGGCGACCGUGGAGGUCAGCAGAGUGACAGCACAGGGUCCUGGAGAUGCGUCUCAAGUUGAGCACGUGACUCUCAAGAAAAAGCCCAAGUGCAAAUGUUGCGUUCUUCAGUAACGCAGUUUAAUAAUAAUAAUGACAAAAAAAACUAAUAUUAAUAUUAAAAAUAAUAAAAUGAUAAAUUAUACAAUAGCAUUAUUCAUAAAUGCUGUUUUGUAUGAAUCUAUUUAUUUAAUUCAUACAUUAAAUUGACACGGACGCGGUUUACUGGAAACGAAAAAUUCUCAGUCAGUCAGUCAUUCAUUUUUUAUGCUAAUUGAGACCGUGACAAGUCUCUUUAGUUUUAACUGUUUAAAAUAUUUUUUUUCACACUGACUUGAGUUGAUAAUUUAAAAAAAAUGCUAAAGAAAUAACUUUAACUUAUGAUAUUAAGAUUUGAAAUAAAGAGUUUAGUGUUAAGGAUAAAACAAAUAUAUAACUAAGAGAGAAAUAAUAAAUAAAUAUGUGCAUUAGCGCUAUUUUAAACAGUACGACUUUGAAUAAAUGAUGAUGGUCAAAAAAAAAUACAACGGAUAAAAAUGAAAGAAACUGAAAAUGAAAACAAAAAAAUUGAUAUAUUUAAAAAUUUAUUGUAGAUACAGAAUGGUAGUUAAUGAAUAGCUUGUAUGCUUUUACUAUUGUGGUUAUCAUCGUUAGGAUUAUCAUUAAAAAAAAGUCCAGAGAAUAAGUUAUCAAAGGGCUGAGUUUUUUUUACACACACAGACUUUUUAUUUGAAAGAAAUAAAUAAUAAAAAAAAAUUACAAGUAAAUCUUACAGCAAUUAGUUAACAAAAAAAGUAAAUAAAUAAAGCAGAUAAAAUUUAUUUAAAUGUGUGUGUGCCUUGUUCGAUUUGCCCGAUAUUUUUCUCACGAGACUGGAGCAAAAAUAAAGAUACAAAAGAAAAGAAUUUUGCAGAAUAUAAACUUACAGCUGUAGGGGCCACAAGUAAAGAUUCAGGAUUUUUAGAAUUUUAAAAAUUGUACAUAAAUAUGAUAGAUUUAAAAAAAUAUAUUCGAUAUAUUUAUUAUUUCCACGUGUUACAAUGAGAUUUUAAUGGAUGAAAUUUUAUUUAUUUAUUUUGUUUUGUUUUAUUUCUCGUAUAUUUUACAGUUAUUGUCAUUAUUUUUUUUUAAUUAGUAAUUAUACAAAAUUAUUUUAAAUUUCUGCUGUGAGUGCACAAAAUAAUUGUAUAAUGUAUAAUCAUUAAUAUAUAUUUUUAAAAAAUUUUUAUCAAUUAUGUUUGUUUUUAUAAAUUUUACUUGUGUUUUUUUUUAUUUAAUAAUGAAGGUUUUAUCAAAUUGUAAUGUAAUUAAAUUUUUUAUAUUAUAUUUAUAUAAAUAUACAAUUAAUUGAAUGAAGUAAAUACAUGUAAUACAAGUAUGGUAAUGGUCUAUAAAUGGGACUCCAUCUGUUUUAAAAAAGUAAUUAUCCAAUAAUGUAUAUACCGCUUUUGGAUAAUUUCCACUAACAAGUAUGUUACUUGUUACAUAGCGGCCGAUUGAUUAUAUUUUUUGUUAUGGCUUCUAUCAUAAAUAUUUAUAUCUAAAAUUUUUUUUUUAAUUGACUUUUUUAUUUUUUAAUUUUUACAAAUUACUAAUAUGCGCGAAAUGACAUAACUGAGACAUUUUCGAUUUUUAAGGGAAAACAAUCGUCAGAGAUCAUAAAUCUAAAACGCUCCCUAUCAAAAAAAUCCAUGUGGGAUUGCAUGGGAACCCAUAGGAAUUUAUGGAUUCACGUAAAAAUUCAUAGGAAUUAAUGUAGGAGUGUAUGAAUUUGUAUAAAAAACCAUGUAGGAAACCAUGGGUAUCUGGAUUUCCAUUUUGACAUGGUGUAGAUUCCCAUGGGAUAUUGAGAUAAAAAUCCCCAUGGAAAUUCAUACUAGAUUCUAUGAAUUUGGUAUGGUGUCGAUUCCCAUAGAAACCCAUGUAAGAAUCUAUACCAUCUAUGCUGGAUUCCUACAGGAAGCCAUAUGGGAAUCCAUCUGAAAACGCCAUGUGAGAACCCACACAGGAAUUCCGGCUGGAUUCCCAUAUAGAUUUUUUUGAUAGCUAUAAAUUUUAUUAAACCUCCUAACGUUGUCUUCUUACAGAACAUAACUUACUGACGUACUCAUAGUAGUUUUCAUUGGCAACAACUUAAGCUUUUAUGUUUCUUCUAAAGAGUAAAAUAUAACCAAUCCAGAACUUGAGGUUAAAGAUGAUGGUUUUACCCGUACUUGAACGGACUCGUUAGUAAGGUUGAUGUUGACGUACUCUGCUAUAGACUGUAGACUGUAGACUAGACUGCUCUCCUACUAGUACGAGCCGAAGUAAAACACUGUUGCGCGCAUCGAUGCGUUAGCCCGGCAGUUAAUGGAGGCGGAUAGUAACGUAUCCUUAUGCAUCUACUUACAUGCUUUGGAGUUGUAUUAUAGUAAUCACAUAAUUAAAGUAUACUUUAACUCUCACAUAUAUAUAAAUUCAAACUAUUCAAAGUUUAAAAUUUAUUUUGUUCAUCAUAUCUAUAAAUAAAUAAAAAUAAUAGUAUUUAAAUUUUAAAUUAUUCAGUAAAAUUAUUAAUAUAAACAUUUUUUUUUAUUAAUUAUUGCAAAAUUUAAAUAAUUACUUGUAAUUUUUAUUAUACUAUUUUUUUUUAGUUCGCAUAAAUUAAAUGAAUUAAUUUAUAGAUAUUCUGAUUAUUUAAUUUUAAAAAUGGAUGGAGCUCUAAAACUAAAUCAUUAUCAUAAAUAUAUUUAAAGAAACAAGAAAUGAAUGAUAGAAUGGAAUAUAAAGUAAGGAAAAUAGUAUUUAUAUAUAUAUAUAUAUAUUUAUCCGUUUCAUUAUAAUUUUUUUUUAAUUUCAAAAAAUGAUUGCAAUUGUAUUAUAGAAAAUAAUUGUAAGUAUAAUACUGAAAUCCUGAAUGUUUACCGAGUAUUAUCGCAGUGGUAGAUAAAUUUUAUCGGGUGAUUUAAAUAUUUGAUAAUCAAUAGCCCGUCUACAUCUUAAAAAAAAAAAAAAUGAAUUAUAUAACAACAAUGUUCAAGCUGUAUAGUAAAACAAAAAAUAAAAUUUCAUAUUAAAAUAAAAAAAUAAAUUUUGAUUAAAUUAAACUUUAGCUUUAGUUUGCAUUCUUAUCAAUUUUUUUAUCAAUCAAAAAGUAGCAGAUUUACAUUUUUUCUAUUCAUAUAAAUGUAAUUUAAUAUUUCAAUAAAAAAAAAAAUAGUAAAUAAAUACAAGAGAUCUAUUGCCGCAAAUUUCAGCGAUUAAAUUGCAAUUAGGAUGGAAAUGCAUUGAAAAUAUGGAAAAAAUAAUCAACGUAACGAUGACUUGAAGCUUUUGCUCUGCUUCGUUAUAUUUACACUAAUUUACUUCAUCUUUAUCUGCGAUAAUUAUUUUAAUAAAGUAAAUUUAAAAAAAGAAAAUAAAUAAAUAAAAAAAUAAAUACAUUUUAUUAAAGUCAUUGAGACAAAACUGAUGUAAUUUAUAAUAGACAUAAAAAAAAAAUUAAUUAAUAAAAUGUCAAUUUUUACAAUCAUACAGCAAAACAGAUUAUAAAAAAAAUAUAUAAUAAUGUUAAAUUAUAAUUUAUAUAAGUUUAUUUUUCCAUUUCAUCGUCUUUUCAUUAUCAUUAUUUUAUUGUUAUAAAUAAACAAUUUUUAAAUUUAAAUAAAAUCUGUGUUCACGAUCUCUGUGUGCACAAAAUGCACGUGGAAAUAAAGUUAAAAAAUUAAAUAACUGACAUAUAUUAAUAUCCUCCAAUACAUCUGUCAUCGCGGAGCUUAAAAAUAUUAAGGAAAUUAAUUAAAAAUAAAGUUGAGUGUCUUGUUAACUAAAAAA